AUGGAGCCAGACGCGUUAGAACUGAACUUCUUGUCCAACGAUGGAGGCCCUCAUGCCGUCAUCGAAGCGCAGCGCCCCCAGCAGGACGAGCCCGAGAGCAAUGAAGAUCAAGGGACCGUCAUGGUAUCGAAUUUGAAUACGCUCAUUAUCGAAAGCGACCCAUACUGCGAAAAGAGUUAUGAGCGUUGCAUGGUCUUCGUAUCGGACUCAGUCCCCGUAGACCUACAAUACAAGGCGCUUGACCAGAGCUUUUCCAAGAAGAACACUGAGGUCGAGUUCUUCAGCGCAGUUGACAAGGCAUAUGAGUGGAGUUGUACAGGGAGAGGUGUCACCGGCGCGACCGUUGAGACCUUCAAGGAUGGCAGGAUAUCGCGACAUUUCGUGUUGAAGAUAGGUCCGCCGAACAGUCCCAAUGGCGAUGCUCUCCGCGUUGCCAAACGACUCAAGGCACUGGUUGAGCACUUCUUCUUCACCACAAGUCCCAUCUGA